AUGGUGGUGUCGAUACAACUCCGAGAAAUAAAUAAAACGAAUGCAGAAAAAUUACAAAAAUCGGAGCCUAUGGAAAUUGCAAGCUGUGUGCGAAACUACACCAAUGAGUAUAGAAUCCAGCAAAGAACCCUAGGUCCACAAAUAGCACAACAAAAACAAAAGAACGAGGCGGAUUCGUUUUCACAGAAUCCAAGGCCUGUUUUCACUGGGCCUGUCUGUCAGUCGGUUGGCUUUCGCACAAACCUGGCCUGUUUUCACUGGGCCGUCGAGUCUGGUCGGCUUUCGCACAACCAAGGGCCUGUUUUCACUGGGCCGUCGAGUCUGAUAAAGAAACUCUAUAUCAAAGCAAAAUUAGAUUUUGUUUCGGGUGUUUUUAAACAUAAAAAUUUCCAAGUUCAAAAGUUAGUAUGGUUUAUCAUCAAAGCCAAUGUAGUGCAUGGUAGACAGGAACUUCCAGGGGCGUCACUAGGGGGGUGCGGGGGGUGCGGACCGCACCGGGUGACACCCUCACAAGAGGAUAUUAUAUCAUGCCACGUGGAGGUGGAGUUCAUACAACAAAAAGGCUAA